ACAGUAUCGGUGCAGCAGGAAUACGAAAGAACCACCGGAGAUUCUCAAGUUCUCACCCACCAAAUUGAAUUAUUUUCCAACAAAAUCACCUCGAUCUUUUCUACCAAUUCCUCAAGAACUUUCAGGUGAAUUUGAAUCAUAACAUAAACCACUGAUUAAUUUUCUUUGAUGGACUGCCUACGAUUUAUCAACGUGGGGCUCACUUCGAGGCUACGAUAAUCCCCCAACGGCUUGGACAAUUAGAAGAACACCUUGAGAAAUAAAAAAAACAUGUUGAGUUCAGUGAGAUCGAGCACUCGUCCUCUCCUGCGCCUGAGACGUUGGAAAAGGCCAUCUCGAACUUUUCUCUCGUCGUCGUACCCCUGCACCGAUGCCUGGAACCGCAGGUUCGAGUCGCCCCUUCUCAGUAAAAUCAAUCCCAGUGACAUGUUCCUGGAGCUCGACCAGAAGUACCAGAGUACCGGAGCGAUCAGUCCUGUGGACGUCGACAUAUUCGCCAAUACAGUGCAGAGUGAGGAGAGGGUGGAUGAAGUAGUGGAUAUUCUCCACAAAUUGAGGCUCACCAUGCAUACAACAAGUACACUGGACUCCACUCAUCAUGCUGUCAUCAGGUACCUCCUGGAUACGGACGAGAAGACGUUAUUGGAUGUUCUCAAUGACAGAUUGAACUAUGGAAUCUUUCCCGAUCAUUUCUCGUAUAAUUUGUUGAUGGAUACAUUCAUUAAGAGGAAGAAUUUCGCCUCGGCUGCGAAGGUUGCGUGUCUCCUGAUGCUCCAGGAGGACCAGGAACAUCCGAUCUGCAGUGCUCUCGCUGUUUACUCCUGUCACAAGUACCUGGAGAACACUGAGGGCUGGGCACCACCACCCCCACCCCCUCCAGUCGACCCCAAGGAGGAAGUGGUGAAGAUCAGGGUAACGUACCUGAGAAACCCUUACUUCGAUGAUCAUUUCGAUCUGGUCGAUCCUAAGCAUCUUGUGGGGAAGACUUUUGUCUUCUUUGGGAAGUACAAGGACGACACCUUGGGGAGGUCUUUACUCCUGAGGGGGUAUGUACUCUGGGGAAAAUUUGGGCUGGCUGCGGAGGUCGUCCAGAGGUGGAUUGAUGCGAAUGUCAGGGAAAUUGUUUAUGAGGAGGUGUUGGGGCUCGUAGAGAAGGAGCUGGAGGGUGUCGAAGGGGAGAAGGUUGUGGAGGAUGUGGAGAAGCUGAAGAAACUCCUGGGGAACCUUCGAGGAAUGGAACUGAAAAAAGGGAAAAUGGAAGACGAAAUGGCGGAGAGGAUUAGAAAAGCGGUUGAGGAAAGGGAGAAAAACGACAUCGAAGAACAGUGCAAGAAUUACAAGGAAUGGGAGAAAAUCCGAAUGGAUGUUCUGCAGGCACAGCUAGUGGAAAUCGACAAGCAGAAGAGACUCAAGAAUGUUCAGGAGAUUAAAAAGGACUUGCAGGUGCAAGAGAGACUGCUGACAUUCUUCGAGAACGAGGAGAAGAUUGAGCUCCAGAUAGAAGAGAAACUUCAAAACGAGGACCGGAAAUAUGGACCUCCAGUGGAGGUCGAAGAGGACAAGGAAGAUAAUUACAUACCGCCAGAAGUUAAACAGCAAGCCACCAAGAAUCGUAUUUAAUUAAUUCAAUUAAUGCACGUCCUGUAGAUACCUCUUCCUCAAAGAAAACGAAUUUAAUAAAUUCUUCUCGAAUAUUAA